AUGACACAGGCUUCAGAACCUCAAGAAAUUCACAAACGGAAGCGCGAUGCGGACGAUGCUGGCAGCCAGAACAACUCAGACCGCAUCCCUCAACCGCCUCCACCGCAAUCUGGCAACUCGAUCCUCAUCAAUUACCUGACCAAGUCGAGCACCGGAAGACUGGAGCUCAUUCCCGGUGACGCUGACACAUUUUCCGAUGUUCUUGGCCUUCUCAACAGUUAUGAAGCCAACCUAGGUGCCAAGCUCACAGGCCCUCGCCUGCUGAGGGCCAUGGAGGGUGUUUUCGAAGGGCCCAUCAUUGCAUCUCCCGCAUCUCCAUACCAUCAUCAGCACGCGCCAAUAAGCUGGCUUGAUAUCGUCACAUUCGCGCGAUCAAACUCGGACAAAUUUGUACUGACCACAAACGCUGAUGGCGAGCGAUCAUGCCAGUUCUUCCUCAAUGGGUCGCAGGUACAAAUCCUUGAAGACGACUGGCGACUGAUAGUGAACGGCACCCUUGACCGAUUCUCCAUUGCCUCAAACGCACCGCUCGAGGAAGACGAAACGGCCGAGCUGGCGACGCUAGACAUUGUUGAAAAGAGGUUACAGGUACUCAUCAAGAAAGCAGACGAGGUCGCCAAGAGGGCCCGUCAGCUGAAUUAUCACCUAAGCGGCCGAAAAGCUGCCAUCAACUCAAGACACAACAGCAGCUCACAAUCGCCCGGAUUCCAUCCUGUUUCCUCUCCACACCGACAUGGCGGUCCAGGGCCCAGCUACGAUCUUCGCGCCGACCUCUUGCAGCAGUUUACUGCUUUCACCGUUCAGUCAUUGGCACAGCGGACGCCACCUGUUCAUUCUCAAGAUGCUGGUCAUAUCCUUCACAACUUGACUAGCACCUCGGAUCAUCGUCAGCAACUGCCAACGCAGCCUGGUCGAUCUCCUUUGCCGUCCGCUCCACCUGUGCACCGGAGGGACUCUUUCGACCCAUCCGCAGUCCACCGUACCGCGAUGACCUCGCGCAUAGAGAGACUCGACAAAGGAAGCCCAAUCUACCCACCAUGUGACCGUUGUCGACGACUGAAAUCGCCCUGCAUCAAGCAUCUUACGGCAUGCCAGGGUUGUACCAAAAAGCAUGCCAAGUGCUCCUGGAAAACCAUCACAGAGCGCGAAAUUGCAUGGCUUGAACGGGAAGAGAACAACGCGGGGGAUGCUGAAAUGGAAGGCAGUGGAUCUGGUUCGGGUCACGCGACAGGGUUGAAAUAUGACGCCAGCCACGAUGAGCAGCGACACACGACGGAUGAGUCUGUAGGCUCGCCACCAGCCCGUGGAGAAAGCUCGAGACCGGGCAGCAGGGGAAGCCAGCCUACGAUACGACCACCUUCUCCAGCCGAAACGGCAGAGAAGAGGGCACCGCCGAAUAGUCUGCCGGAGAUUCGCGUGUCCGUCUCGCCCUCGGCAUCCAAGCCGUGGCCAGCAGACAUACUUCACCGUGACGAUCAUCCGGGCCCACACAGAGACCAUGCUCGGCUGAGCCAUAUGGCCUCGGUAGCCACAGCGGCAGCGGACGCUCGAGAUGGUGUCAUCAGGCAAGCCCCUUCGCCAUCAGGGCAUUAG